AAGACGGGAGCUGAACGCCCCGGCCGGACGCGGACUCGGCCGCCUCUCGGUUCCUGGGUGUUUUGGAGGCGUUUGAACUUCCCUCACAUUUUCCCCUCCGUGUUUUCACGAAGGGAGGCGGCGGCGGAGCGGCCGGCAGCCAUCUUUGGAGCGGACUACUGGCACUCCGCUCACUUCCAAGGGUGUGGAUUUUAAACUGGAGUAAUUCACCCGAUGCGCACGUUAUAAUCGACUGACAGCACCAGGAACCGCGAGGAUUUGACGCACGACGCUGCCGCGCCUGGGAUGAAAGUGGGGGGAUAGCGUGAUAAUCCCAGACUGUGUUGAAAUACACGGCGGCUUCCUGAAGCCCGGCCUGUCAACCGGAGGCUCUGGCCACAUAUGAAACCACUGUCCUGCAGAUGAGCCGUCAGUGGGGGCUUCCACGUCGCUGUCGCAGACCCAGAUAGUUCCUGGCGGCAGCGGCAUCGCCCCCAUCUCCCCAUUAUGCCCAACAGCAAUCGGGCGGGGAGCCUGAAGGACCCCGAAAUUGCGGAGCUCUUCUUCAAGGAGGACCCGGAGAAGCUCUUCACAGAUCUACGUGAGAUCGGACAUGGCAGCUUUGGUGCUGUAUAUUUUGCACAGGAUGCACGGACAAAUGAGGUGGUUGCCAUCAAGAAGAUGUCUUACAGUGGGAAGCAGUCCACUGAGAAAUGGCAAGACAUAAUCAAAGAGGUCAAAUUCCUGCAGCGAAUACAACAUCCAAACAGCAUAGAGUACAAAGGAUGUUACCUGCGAGAGCACACCGCCUGGCUUGUAAUGGAGUAUUGUCUUGGUUCCGCUUCAGAUUUGUUAGAAGUUCACAAAAAACCUCUGCAAGAAGUUGAAAUCGCUGCAAUUACCCAUGGUGCUCUUCAAGGCCUGGCUUAUCUUCACUCCCACAACAUGAUUCACCGAGAUAUCAAGGCCGGAAACGUCUUGCUGACGGAGCCAGGGCAGGUGAAACUGGCAGAUUUUGGCUCUGCGUCCAUUGCCUGUCCUGCAAACUCCUUUGUUGGGACUCCAUAUUGGAUGGCCCCAGAAGUCAUUUUAGCCAUGGAUGAGGGUCAGUACGAUGGGAAGGUGGACAUUUGGUCGUUGGGAAUCACCUGCAUUGAAUUAGCCGAGAGGAAACCUCCACUGUUCAACAUGAAUGCAAUGAGUGCCUUAUACCACAUAGCACAGAACGAGAGCCCCACGCUUCAGUCCAGUGAAUGGACGGAUUAUUUUCGAAACUUUGUUGAUUCUUGCCUUCAGAAAAUGCCCCAAGAUCGCCCCACCUCUGAAGAGCUCUUAAAGCAUGCGUUUGUCCAACGUGAGCGGCCGGAAUCUGUUCUAAUCGACCUGAUAAAUCGGACUAAAGAUGCAGUGAGGGAGCUGGACAAUCUGCAGUAUCGUAAGAUGAAGAAGAUCUUGUUUCAGGAAGCUCACAAUGGCCCGACGACCGAGGCACAAGAUGAAGAGGAGGAGGCAGAUCACAACGUGGGCAGGACGGGGACGGUGAACAGUGUGGGGAGCAAUCAGUCCAUCCCCAGUAUGUCAAUCAGUGCCAGUUCCCAGAGCAGCUCUGUCAAUAGUCUAACAGAUGCUGGCGAUGACAAGAGCGAGGUGGACAUAGAGGGAGACCACACGGUGAUGUCCAACAGCUCCGUCAUACAUCUCAAGCCAGAGGAGGAGACGGGUCACGUGGAGUCUGAGCCAAACAACCGGCCACCUGAGCCACAGCCCACUCCCGCACACGCUCCACGGCCCAAACGGAACCGCGAACACUUCGCCACCAUACGCACAGCUUCAGUGCUCACUCGCCAGAUUAAAGAGCACGAGCAGGACUCGGAGCUACGGGAGCAGAUCCUGGGCUACAAGCGGAUGAGGCGGCAGCACCAGAAACAGCUGAUGGCUCUGGAGAACAAGCUGAAGGCUGAGAUGGACGAGCACAGACUCCGUCUGGACAAGGAGCUGGAGAACCAGAGGAACAGCUUCACCCAGGAGAUGGAGAAACUCGUCAAGAAGCACCAGGCGUCCAUGGAGAAAGACGCGAAAACUUUCAGCAAUGAUGAGAAGAAGUUCCAGCAGCACAUCCAGAGUCAGCAGAAAAAAGAGCUGAACAGCUUCUUGGAGUCCCAGAAACGGGAAUACAAGCUUCGCAAGGAGCAGCUCAAAGAGGAGCUGAAUGAAAACCAGUCAACCCCAAAGAAAGAGAAGCAAGAGUGGCUGUCCAAGCAGAAGGAGAACUUCCAGCACUUCCAAGCAGAGGAGGAGGCCAACCUGCAGCGCAGACAGAGGCAGUACCUGGAGCUGGAGUGCCGCCGGUUCAAACGGAGGAUUCUAAUCGCUCGUCACAACAUUGAGCAGGACCUAGUACGAGAGGAGCUAAACAAGCGUCAAACCCAGAAGGACCUGGAGCGCGCCAUGCUUCUGCGGCACCACGAGUCCAUGCAGGAGCUGGAGUUCCGCCAGCUCAGCACCAUCCAGAAGACCCGGGCCGAGCUGACCCGUCUGCAGCACCAGACGGAGCUGACCAACCAGCAGGAGUACAACAAGAGGAGGGAGAGGGAGCUCAGGCGCAAGCAUGUGAUGGAGGUCCGCCAGCAGCCCAAGAGCCUCAAGUCCAAAGAGCUGCAGAUCAAGAAGCAGUUCCAGGACACGUGUAAGAUCCAGACCCGGCAGUAUAAAGCCCUGAGGAACCACCUGCUGGAGACCACGCCCAAGUCGGAGCACAAGGCUGUUCUGAAGCGGCUGAAGCAGGAGCAGCACCGCAAACUCGCCAUCUUGGCAGAGCAGUAUGACCACUCCAUCAAUGAGAUGCUUUCCACCCAGGCGGUGAGUCUGCUGCGUCUGGACGAGACUCAGGAGUCUCAGUGCCAAAGCCUGCGAAUGCAGCUUCAGCAGGAGCUGGAGCUGCUCAACGCCUACCAGAGCAAGAUCAAGAUGCAGACCGACUCCCAGCAUGAGCGAGAGAGCAAGGACCUGGAGCAGAGGGUGUCCAUCCGCAGGGCCCUGCUGGAGCAGAAGAUCGAGGAAGAGCUGCUGUCCCUGCAGAACGAACGCAUGGAACGAAUCCGGAGCCUCCUGGAACGCCAGGCCCGAGAGGUGGAGGCCUUUGACUCGGAGAGCAUGCGCCUGGGCUUCAGCAACAUGGUGCUAUCGAACAUCUCCCCCGAGGGCCUCAACAAGAGCUUCCCCGGCGCCCCCGGAGGCUGGAGCCACCACCUGCAGCAGCACCCGCCCGGGAGCUCGCUGCACGGGGGCUCGCUGCACUGGGGCGUCGGCGGCGGCGGCAGCAGCGGAGGGCCCGGUCCCCAGGGCGGCCAUCACCACUAUCACUCCAGCCCGGGAGGAGCAGCCAUGCAGCAAGGCUGGGGGCCGGGCGUGCAGGGGGGAGGGGCCCCGUCGCCGUGGGGCCACCCGUCGGCCGCCGCCCUGGCCUCCCGCGGCGGCGCGGGGAUGCAGAACAGCCCCCAGGCCAUGGGCAGGACACCCCCGGGAGGCCGCAGCGAGCAGGGCAUGAGCAGGAGCACCAGCGUCACGUCUCAGAUUUCCAACGGGUCACACCUCUCCUACACAUAGAGCCCCGGCGAUGCCGGCGCCGCCGCUCUGCCUCGCUCUGUGACACUACCCCAGCAUCCCCCCCCCCUUCCCUGUACAGACAUGGAUGUGUGAUAAAGUAAAUGUUGCUCAGGUCAAAAGGGCUGGGAAAGGCACAGCCCGUCCUCACGGCAGUUUAUCGGCACACAUGCAGACCCUUAGUUGCGUUACGUAAGCAGUUCGAGUGUCAAAAUGUUACUCCCUUUUGUUUCGUUUAGUUUUUAUUCACGGCGCUCUCGAUGUAAAACACGUUCGUACUCUUCACAGCCAUUGCUCUCAUUUUGCACAUGAAACACUGUUUUAAAAAAAGCCUUUAAUGUGUAUGAACUAAAUGUGGAGUCAAAGAAUCACAGUAGAGUGAGUUAUUCAGGACCCCCCCCCCCUCCUCCAGAAGACGCUGGGCUGUGGUGAAUCCAGCCUGCUGUAAUGGUCAUUCUGAUCAAUUAGAAGCCUCUUUUUUAUUUCACCUUAUUUCCUGGUCAUCAACCAAAACAAGACAGAACAAAUCCAGAGCCAAAUAAAUGUUACCAGUUUUAGGAGUAAGCUACAACACAACUUCAGUGCCUUUUUAACUCACGAGGUCAAACCUUCGUCAUUCUCUCCUCAUCGUCGUUCUCCGAUCAGCUGGACUUGGCUCCAGCAUCCUGUGUCAAAUAGAGAGAGAUCAUAGCCACAACGUAUGAAGUGAAGCUUGUUUGAGUCUUAAAAACGUUGAUUUAUGUACUUGCGUGUACAUAUCGCUGACUUGAUGUCUUUAGGCGGUACUCGAAGAUAAAUAGACUUAUUGGCCUUUAAAAACAAUCCUAUAUUCAAUCUCUUUCUUUUAUUAGUGCCUUUUUUUCAAACUGCUGCCUUUUUCAAAGCACUUUAUUCAGCGAAACGUGUGUAAAAAGAAUAUCUGACUUCACGAAGCACCUCUUGGAUGAAUGUUUCAUCGGUACGGAUGUGGUUUAGUGGAGGAGUCGAACUUGACUGCUGUGAUUUUAUUAUUUCAACAGCGAUCUCCCAAGUAGGGGUUUGGUUUCCGAGCGAUAUGCAAAGGAUGGCGUUUUGAAAGCAGAACGCUGCAGGAGAGUUGGUUCUGUGCAGGCAAGUAAUGUAAGCUAAUUGUCAUGACCAUGACAGCAGGCUCGGCACUACUCGGUGUAAGAAACACACACACACACACACACACACACAGAUUCAAAAUGCUUUUUUCCAGAUCAGCAACGAGAAACAUUUAAAAAGGUGCUACUCUUCAAAAAAAUUCAACCAUCUCAUCGUAACAGGAGUGACUGAACGAGGCACAGAAAAUGAGUCCGUGCAAAAAGAAAACCAAAACAGCCAAAUCAGACAAAUUGUGGCACGAAGCACUUGCUUAUUCCUCUGAGACCUCCAGCAGUUCCUCUCCCAGUCAUGUUUAACUUCUCCCUGCUCUCCAGCUUGUGGUUGAUGUAAAAAAAAGAAAAGGAAAGAAAAAAGUUUCACUUCUCAAAGACUUGACGGAGACUUUCCAUCCAGAGAAUUCCGAGGCCUUUCAGGAGAAUCCUCCAGAGAUCACGACAUGCGCUCUCAGACCGUGGAGUUGAAUGUUACAUGUGUAUUUUUUUAUGGAAGAGAAAAGUUCUUUACACCUUCACUUUCAGGAAAUACAGUCUACAAGCAAAUUCCUUAACUACACACUGACACAAGCAGAGUGUGUGUGUGUGAACAGGUUGUUUGAGGUGUGUGUCUCGCUGUCAUCUCCUCUGAACGCCACUGUAGGAUUAGCCAUCCUGAAGCGUCGCCUCAGCAGAACUCACACCUUUCUUCUCAUUCCUCUGGUUCAGAGCCAAUUCCAUCACUUCCGAGGACACAAAAAUCAAUGCUGGGAUUUUUUUUUUUUUUUUUUUUUUUUUUAUCAUCUAGGCAGGAAUUUAAUUCCCCUGUGUGAGUGUGUGUGUGUGUGUGCGAGAGAGAGAGUGAGUAUCCUGCUUCGAAGGUAAACAUUUUAUCAAAGUAAGUUUGUUUUGUUUCCACUAUUUUUUUUUUAAUGCCAACUGAUUACUUCAAGCUACUGUAACACAUCAGAGUAUAUUUUUCUGAUUUAUUCAUAUUUGGUUAAGAAGAUGACAGCGUAUUUAUCAUUUUUGGAUUCUGUGAGGAAGUCAAACGCCACAUGAAAGCCGGGCCACUCGGACCUCACAUGAAUGACGAUUUUUAACUUUUCUACGUUCUGUUCUCGUUGAGGGAAUCUGGUUCUUGUUGUCGGUCAUAGCGAAUCUCCACCAAGCUAGAUUUUAUUUUCUGUUUUAAUAACUUUUGUUUUCCACGUCAGAUUUGUGUCCUACUGACUGAAUGCAUGUGGGACACAGAAGCAGAACGGGCAACAGGAAAUCCUUUCUAUGGUCAAACACUGUGCCAUACCGGAGUUGCCAAGCCGCCCAGAUGGUUUUACUCACCUGUCAUCGGGCUGACCACAAGAAAUGUAUGAAACUUCUAAUCAAAUGAGUUCUGGUGGAGUGGCCAAAGAGGAGGAAGGAGGAAAAAAAUACAAAUAACAGAAAAACAUGGCGGGGACGGUGGGCAAAUGAUGAGAAAAUGUUGCAUUUCUUUGAAGAUGUCAGUAUUGUUUGGCACAUUACCACUACAACUCAUAACCUGUAUUAAAAUGUAUAGAUGGUGGAACAUGUUAUAUAGAGAGAUUAUGAAGAUGCUAAAGAGAAGAUGGUAAAGUACUAAAAGUGGAUUUACAUUGUGUAAAGAGAUGGAUGAAAGAAUAAAGAAUAGGAUCAAAUUUGCUCUAUUGUUUGUAUUGUAUUUACCAUUGUGUUGGCAGAGGGAUAUUGAACAGAAAUCAGCUGUAAUAAAGUAAUUUUAGUAUAAAUA